UUUGUUUUGUUUUUUAAUAAUACAAAUUCUAACGCGAAUGAGGUAAUAUCUCACGAUGGUUUGGAUUCCCAUUUCCCUGACAAUGAUAUUUUACAUUUUCCCCCUAUACUUGUUGAACAUUCUGCAGGUCUUCGUCAGUAGGUGUUUUUACCUCUAUGCCUGUGCCUGUGCGUGUGUGCGUGUGUUAUGGGAUGGUGGUAAUACUGGGUGUAAGAUCAAUACCCUGGAGGCCAGAAAACAUUGUCGGACUCCCAGAAGCUGCUGUUAUCGGCAGUGGUAAGCGACUCCAUGUGGGUGCUGAGAACCAAACUCGGGUUCUGUGGAAGGAGAAGGGGCCCUCCCAAAUGCUGAGUCAUCUCUCCAGCCAACUUCCGGGUCUUCUUUUAAGAAAUCUCUGCUUAGAUUUUUGUCUGCUUUUUAGAUCCAAUUUUGUUCUCACCAUGGAGUUGUUGGAACUGCUUGUACUGGGAACAUGGACCUUUUAUAGCCACCACAUCCAGUCUGACAACGUCUGCUCACUCAGCUGAGCCCCCUUAGUUGUACAGAAGGAUUUUAGUUUAGAGUAUUCCCGUUCGUCUGAUUUUACUUUUGUUGUCUGUGAUGGUUUGCCUAUACUCGACCCUGGGUAUGGCACCAUUAGAAGGUGUGGCCCUGUUAGAGUAGGUGUGGCCCUGUGGGUGUGGGCUUGAAGACCCUCAUCCUAGCUGCCUAGAAGCCUGUAUUCUGCUAGCAGCCUUCAGACGAAGAUGUAGAACCCUCAGCUCCUCCUGCACCAUGCCUGCCUGGAUGCUGCCAUGCUCUUACAAUGAGGAGAAUAGACUGAACCUCUGAACCUGUAAGCCAGCCCCAAUUAAAUGUUGUCCUUAUAAGAGUUGCCUUGGUCAUGAUGUCUGCUCACAUCAGUGAUCCCGAAAUCCUCAUUUACUAGGUCAGUAUCUGGGAGGCUCCCCUCUGUUUUCUCUGGUAGUUUUACGCUCUCAAGCUUAACCCAGGUGAGUUAUUACAACUGAAUACUGCGUAAGAUAAAAACCCACUUUCUUUCCUCUGCAUAUAGAUAUCCUAUGAUUCCCAACACUGUUGAUUAAGAAACUGUCAUCUUCCCACCGGAUACUCUUGGCACCUUUGUAAAAAGUCAGUUCACCGUAAAUGAGUGGCCUUACUUAGGUCUCUCUAUUCUAUUAUAUUGGUUCCUGUGUCUGGCCCCAUGCUGUUUUGAUUCCUGUAGAUGUGUAGACCUUUCAGGUCAUGUGAUGUGUUGUCUCCAGCUUUGUUAAUUUCAGUCAAGAUUGCUUUGGCUAUGUGGGGACCCUGUGAUUCCAUGUGAAGGCUAAGUUUCCAUUUUUUCCCGAUGGAAAAUGCCAUUGGAAUUUUGAUAACUUAUUAUUUUACAAUAUUAUAUGAGUCCUUAAGUUCCCUUGAGAACUAAGUGACCCUAGAACAGUUUGACACAAAAGUAGCACCAUCUCACUCAAGAGAUUUGUCUUUUGGGAAAUAUUUUAGCUAAGAGAUGACCUUUCAAAUGGAAAUUUGGCCGUGCGAUCCCCUAUCAGAGUUAUGUAAUGCUGUUUAAAUCAAGCAGGUGGGCUCUUGUCAGAUGACUCAACAUGUCUUGCUUUUCUAAAACUUUAUUUAUUUUUUGAGAACUUUUAUAUAUGUGUAUGGUUUACGGCCUGUGCACACAUUCACCCUUUCCUGCAGCUCCUCACAUCCCUUUCCCUGUCUCCCUUCAAACAUGGCGUCCUCUCUUGCACUCAGCACCCACUGAGUCUAGUUAAUGUUGCUCAUACAGACAUGAAUAUGGGGCCUGGCUAACCCACCAGAGGCUAUAUAGACUCCACCUCUCCUAGCAGCCAUCAGUAGUACACGGCUCCUCAACUAGGAGCAGGAACUUACGUGUCUACCCCCGUUGCGUUGGCCUGAUCCUAUGUAGAGCUUUGUUGGAUCCUGCUAUUUAAAGGACCAAGUCCUCCAGGUCUGGACAGGUCUCUUGAGCUUGGCACAAGAUGGAGGACUCCCUUUUCUUAGCAGAGCUUCCUCUUCUCUGCCUGGUCUGGGGAGCCUGACCCCAUAUCCUCUACCUUAGGUAGCCUUGGUGAGAUCACAGGUUCAGCUUUCUUUCUCCUCGUGAGAACCUGUCCAGCCAGCCCCGAGAUUUCCUGGAAUGCCUUUCCAUGCAAAUGAAGCAUUCCUGUACCCUAGGUUCUAUCCAAUGAUAUGUACACACCCUACUAAUCUUGACCCUCUUCCUAAAUUAUAGUCCCGGAUUCAGCUCAAUAAAAUUGAGCAGCCUCCCUGAAGCUGAUCCUGGUAGUCAUUUCCAUUGUACUCAUGGACCAGUCAAACCCUGUCCUUCGACUCUGCUCCCUUUGUCCUCUCAGGCUGGUGGCCAAGAGCCCCUAAGGGAGAAAGGAUGUCCACGGGUCUUGGGCAGGUGACACAGUACUCUUCUUUAGUUUCUCAGAAUCUGUCACUCCCUGUUCCUUCAUAUUCCCUGAGCUUCAUAGCAGGGAGAUAUAAUAGAGGUUGUCUUAGCUAGGGUUUCAUUGCUGUGAAGAGACACCGUGACCAUGGCAACUCUUAUAAAGGCAAGGAUUUAAUCGGGGCUGGUUUAUAGGUUGAGGUCCAAUUCAUUAUCAUUAAGGCAGGAAGCACGGCAGCACGCAAGCAGACAUGGUGCUGGAGAAGGAGCUGAGAGCUCUACAUCUUGUUCCUAAGGGAACCAGAAGACUGGCUUGCAGGCAGCUCAGAGGAGUCUCAAAGCCCACACCCCACUGUGACACACUUCCUCCAACAAGGCCACUCCUCCUCAGAGUGCCACGCCCUUGGCCAAGCAUAUCCAAACCACCACAGAGAUGUGCUAUUUCUAGGGAGUAUGGUCCCAUUGACGCCUGUUUUCUGCACUGUGAUGCUCAGAAUCACACAGUUCCUUCUGGAGAUCUGCUGAUGCUGUCUCCAUUCUGGCUACACAGAAAUCCAAAAUAUUUCCCUGAACCAGAGUCUUUCAAACCUGAACGCUGGAAAGAGGCAAAUUUAGAUAAGUACAUUUUCUUGGACUACUUCAUGGCUUUCGGAGGCGGGAAGUUUCAGUGUCCUGGAAGGUCAGUUGCCAUAACUGAGCAGCAUCGGGGCAGCAAGUGUGGAAGAGAGACUCAGGGGACACUCACCAUGACGUCUUUUAUUGUCAACUUACAGGGAAACCCAGGAGGACGCAGUUUGCUUGUUUGGUGGUUUGCUCUCUUAGAGAUUCAACUGUGUAUUAUCUUAGUGCUUUAUAAGUAUGAGUGCAGUCUUCUGGAUCCAUUACCAAAGCAGAGUUCUCUUCAUUUGGUGGGUGUCCCCCAGCCAGCAGGGAAAUGCCGAAUUGAAUAUAAACAAAGAGUAUGACCUUCGUUGGGACUCAAGAGAUUCAGAAACUUCCAGAGGAGUGAGGUCACCGACAGAGCUACAGUCCUCCCAGCACCUUGACCUGAAGACAUCCUAGUGGCACAUGCAUUUCAAAUCUGAAGACCGUGCACCGUGGUUCACUCUCAGGAACACAGAAACCCCAAUUCAAGGUUUACAGAAAGGGUGCAGAUGAUUUGGAAAAGUUGAUAAAAGAUUAGAAUUUGGCUCCAUACAUAGGCGUAUCAAAACUUCAAGUAAAAUUGUCACUUUAAUCAAAA